AUGGCCCUCUCAUAUAACCAGUCCAUUGAUAUUUCUUUGAGGUUUUCGAUGCCAGGGUAUACUUUGUAUGUAAGUUCUUGUAAAGUAUUUACAACGGUACAUAAUCCUGUCGGCAAAGUAAUUUUUUCUUCACAUUCUGGAUAUUUUCCACCUCCUAUUUUUAAGAGUAGCUCAGAAAACUGUUCAGAAGUCUUGUCUCCUUUUAAAUGUAUUCGCCUAUUUUUGGUCAAAGGACAUUUUUCUAUUUUAGGCCACAAAUAUGAAGACUUACCCUCAGGGGAACACCUAGUGUUACGGAAACCAUCAAAUAAGCCUCGGAACUGGAUCAAUCAUGGUAAACAACUGGAAUCUGAAAAUGGACUAAAUUUGGGAACUUGGAACGUAAGAACUUUGAACAAACCUGGAGCUCUAAAAUAUGUACUUGAAGAACAACACAAGUAUAAUCUGGACGUAUUAGCUAUACAAGAGAUCAGAUGGACUGGUAACGGGAAUAUCAAAAAAGAAAAUAUAACUCUUUUCUACAGCGGAUCUGAAAAUGGUAAACAUGAAAAUGGAGUGGGUUUUAUGAUACAGGACAAAAUACUACCAGGCAUAAAACAUUUUUCAGCAGUCUCAGAUCGGCUUUGCUACAUCCGAAUAGCGGGUAGGCUAUUUGACCUAGUCAUAAUAAACUGCUAUGCACCAACGGAAGAUAAAAAUGAAGACCUUAAAGACAAUUUUUAUGAAGAUCUGGAAGCAUUAUAUGAUAGUUUACCGGUACAUUGUGUAAAAAUGGUAGUAGGAGAUUUCAAUGCGAAAGUUGGAAAAGAAAAUAGGUUUAGACCAACAAUAGGACCAGACAGCUUACAUAACAUCAGUAAUAACAACGGAACCAGACUGGUCAAUUUUGCUUCUUCGAAAGACAUUAUAAUUAGUAGCACAUAUUUUCCCCGGAAAGGCAUACAUAAGCAUACAUGGAAGUCACCUGAUGGUAGGACGAAAAAUCAAAUGGACCACAUACUAAUAAACAAAAGGCAUGGUAGCUGCAUUCAGAAGGUGAGAUCGUAUAGAGGAGCCGAUGCAGAUACCGACCACUACCUACUGUAUGCAAAGUUCAUUAUAAGACUAUCAGUGAAAUGGAGAAUGGCAUCGAAUAAAGCCAGAGAAAGAUUCAAUGUACAAUCGUUAGAAAAUAUCGAAAUAAGUAGAAAGUAUGCCGAAAAUCUACGACACAACCUAGAAAGGACUAAGAGUCACAUAGAAAAGACGAAUGACAAGAACGUUUGUGUAAACAGUAGAUGGACACAAAUAAAACAUGUAAUAACUAACAGUGCAAAUCAAGUUUUGGGAAUGGAGAAUAAGCAGCGAAAAAAAGACUGGUUUAAUGAUUUAUGUAGUGAUGCCGUAACUAAGAGAAAUGAACUGAGAAAAAGAAUGUUGCAAAAUUCCUCACAGGAAAAUAUUAAUAUUUUCAAAGAACAAAGUAGGCAGACAAACAGAAUUUUGAGGAGAGAGAAACGGUUACAUGAAAAGAAAAAGAUAGAGGAAAUUGAAAGGAAUAGAUCCAAUACUAGAAAGUGUAAGAGGUGUCAAAUAUCGUCUAAAAAAAAUUAUUAA